AUGGAGUGGUUAUUUGGGAAGAAGAAAACUGUAAAUGAGAUGCUUCGAGAGAAUCAAAGGUUAUUGAAUCGGGCUAUGAGAGAUUUAGAUAGGGAAAGGGCAAAAAUGGAACAACAGGAAAAGAAAGUUAUUGCUGACAUUAAGAAAAUGGCCAAACAAGGGCAAAUGGACGCUGUCAAAGUCAUGGCCAAAGAUCUUGUCAGGACAAAACGGUACGUCAAAAAAUUUAUAAUGAUGCGGGCUAAUAUUCAGGCAGUUUCCCUAAAACUAACAACACUCAAAAGUCAGUCCACCAUGGCGGAUGCAAUGAAAGGAGUAACAAAAGCAAUGAUGAGAAUGAACAAACAGAUGAAAUUACCACAAAUGCAAAAAAUAAUGCAAGAAUUUGAAAAGCAAAGUGAAAUGAUGGACAUGAAGGGAGAAAUGAUGGAAGAUGCAAUCGAUGAUGCAAUGGGGGAUGCUGAUGAUGAUGAAGAAAGUGAUCAAAUUGUGGCGCAAGUCUUGGAUGAGUUGGGCUUGCAGCUUGCAGAUGAACUCACAGGGUUGCCAUCAGCAGAUGGAGCGCUUGUGAUGCCUAAAGCUGAACAAAACAAACCAACUGCUGUAAGUGCGGGAGGGCCUUCCAACAGCCAAGCUGAUGACGUGGAUGCAGAUUUGGAAGCAAGAUUAAAUAAUCUUAAAAGAGACUGAUUGCAGACUUUUUCACUAUUUACAAACUUAUCUGGAUUUGUAAAAUUGCCAUCUUUGAACAAGACAAAUUGCUGUUCUAUAGAGGUGUAGAGUGGCUGUUGUUCAUUCGGGCAGACUGCAAAUAGUAAGGAAUUGAUGAGAUGUUUUCAAACAGUUAGCGAACAUGUACAUAAUCUCUUUCACUCGCUAAUCUGUCUGGAAUAGAGCUUUCUGUCAUUUUGAGGUAGGCAUAUGAUAUCUCUAAACUGCCUGAAUGUUCUGAAAUAUGUUUCAUUUCAAACUCCCUAUAUUUUGCAAUACAUCUCUUCUUCAAAUACUACUAUUAAGCCUUAACCAUACAGGGUUGUGGUAGCUGUAAUGCCUUUUUACAUGGAUAUGCCAUUCAAAAGACGUAAAGGUCAUAAUAACUGCUUGGUGGACUUGUCUGUCUGUUUUUUGUUGGCUUUCUUCCGGUAAAUUUAAUUGUUGCGGUACAAACCCAACGAUGUACUGUAUUUUUCAAGAAUUGAGUUGGUAGUGUAUAUGUGUCACUUUUAUUUCAUCUUUACUAAAGGAUUAUAUUGUAAUUGAAUGCACUUGUGAAUAAACCGUUUUUUAAAUAGUAGUAUA